GCGCUCGCGCAACGCACGGCGACGGUUCGCCUUACACGCAUCACCGAAUCAUCGUUUUUUAAUCACAAAAACAUUCUGUAUUAUAAAUAAAACAGUGUACAAGUGUAUCAACUACGGUCUAACACAAUCGUAUCUACAAUUUUCAGUUUAAGUUUUUUCGUACUGUGACUUUUUGCAUUGCAACUUUGCAUCCCGUGUUUGUGCUAAGUUUUUGGUACGGUGAAAUUGGUAUCGGCGCUGGUCCCAGCAUCUUGUGUCGAUUAGUACAGCGAUUUAUCUUGAUUCAACAAAAACUGCGAAGUGACGCGUGCGCAUGAUGCGCGGGAUCACGUGACCGCGAUGGCGUCAGACGCGCGCGCCUCAGAGCCCACAGAUGGCGCCAGGAGACGGAGAGAAUACUCCAGGUAUGAGUCCCCGUACGUGACGCUGGGCGCGGUGCGGUACGCUGUGCGCCGCGCUCCGCCGCCGCGGGCCUGCCCCUGCCGCUGCUGCUCCGAGGAGGCGGUGGCGGCGUGCCUCGGCCGCGCCAAGCCCGAUCGACGCACGCUGGAUCGUAUCCAACGCCGGCUGGGCCGCGGCGCGCGCGACGAGCGGCCCUCGCGCCAGCAGCGCCUGCAGGGGCUGCAGGCCCUCACCGAGCGCCUCCUGCCGCGCGCGCACCCCGCGCCGCCGCCGCCUCCGCCCCCGCCGCCGCCGCACUCGGCGCCCGUGCUGCCGCCGGUGCCGCCGCCCCGCUCCCGCCACCGCCACAGCCCGCCGCGCGGCGUCUCUGUGGACCGCUGUGAUGACUUCGACACCGACAACAUCACCCUCGUUCGCGUAGAACCCCGUUCUAUCGUCGGAUCUUACGCCCAAAAAACUAUUCCGUACCGCAGCGCGUCGUUCUCUCAAGGUGAUUUCGCACAAGAUAAAUAUUAUCGCGGGCCAAAUAGGCAUCAGUCGAUUUUUGAUUUCGGGAAACGUCCCGCAAAGUCAGUGUCAGAGUCCGCGAGUGUAAAACGUCGUGAUGCCGAAAACGUAAGUCUUGCAACCGAUGAGAAUACGACGGAGGGUGGUUCAGUCGCGUCGGUUGACUCCGCGGUGGGCUCGGACGAGGGAUUGCUCGCGCACGCGUCUCCGGCGCCGCGGUCGCCGCCACCUGAAACUCCUCACAAGCAGCUAGGUGCUCGCUCGCUGACGCACCCGCUGCCGCGACGUAUCCCUCCAGUGCGGAAGGAGGGCCCGGCCGAGGCUGGCGGUAGUCUGCCAGCCUUGAUGGCACCGCGCGUCUUACACGAACUUCGCGAGGAAAGUGACGGCUCACAAGCCGACAGUGCACAAGCCCACAGUGAAGGUACUUCCCCGUUAGAACCCCAGCCUUUUGCUUUUCCUCCUCUGCCUGAACCGCCUGCGAACGCGUGUGCUAAUGUGGACUGUGAUUGUACGAAUUUUCCUAAUACGAUAGAGGAAGAGUGUCCUGAAGAAAAUCUAAUUCCUGUGCCUGUGUAUGAGUGUAUAGUGAAACAGUGGUCGAAGGAGUUACCGCCUGAGGAGCCUCAGCGGUCAGACGCUGCGUCUGACGGAUCUUUGGAUCGUGACAAAGAAGAUGAAACCAUAACAAGUGAACAAGUUGCCCACUUACUAGCUGCAGUGCAGAAUCCAUGCACGCCCGCCCCCAUAGGUGCUAGAGAAAGACGUAGGCCACUUGACAAAACUAAGAGAAGGAAAGGAAUAUACAUCACAACGCCGAGCGAUGAUGGUGGUGAGGAAGAAGGCCCACCUUCAGUAAACGGCUGUAAACGAGAAAGCAGUGAGGCAUCACUACAAGAUAUGCGUUUAUCAGCUGAAACACGUACCUCAUCGUUGCUCGGUGACAAAUCAGACGACUCCUGUACUAACGGACCGCCGAGUCCGUCUGAAGGGGUAGCACCAAUGUGGCCAAGGUCUGAAGAGUUAAAAGCGCGGCGUGCAAGGUUUUAUCAACAAAGUUCGGACGAGAGAGAUGAUGACUCGUUUCGAGCGAGACGUAAAUAUGGCGACUCGCCUUCUGAAGCCGACAGCGACACGUGCUCUAGAGACAGAACUGCCUCGCCUUCUCCAUUUAGUCCAUCUGACACUUCAGAUGUAGAGGCGCGACGACAACACUUUAAUAGGCCGUACGGUAAAACUCUGGAGGCACCGUGCAGUCGGUCAGUAGAAGUGGGCAGACGAAGUUUGUCUGACGCAACAGUGCCUUGUCGUAAGACCAGUGUUGGAGCUAUGACGUCACCGCGGGCCACUGGUCGUGGUCCGACACACGUCAGAGCUACAUCAUCACCUUCGAAGUUGGUGGGAGUGAAACCUGGAGCUGACUUGCUGGCCGAGCUGCUCCGAGGCAGCUCAGAGGCUCUCUCGAACUCAGCCGCCUUCGACAACGUGGUCCUGACUCUUCACCAGCACAAUGACACACGAACACACGUGGUGGUGGAAUUAUAUGAGACUGAGAAGUCAUACGUGGAGGCAUUGGAGAUAUUAGUCAAGAAAUAUCUGCAACCUCUAAAGAGUCCGGAGAAUGCUGCUCUUCUGGACGCGUUCCUGGUGGAUGAGAUCUUCUACCAGGUGCCAGGGAUCCUCAACGUGCACCAGGUGUUCUUGGAACAGCUGAGGAGAAGGCUGGAACAAUGGGACCUGCAGCAGAAAGUUGGAGAUGUGUUUUUAGAUGUGUUCACAAAACCCACCGUAAUGGAUACCUACAUGUCUUUCAUCAACAACUUGAAGAAGGCGAAGGAGACGAUCAAGACGGCCUCGUCAUCACGACCGGCCUUUGCCAAGUUCCUGGACGCUAUGGCUAGAGACCAUAAGGGCAAGCUGUCGUUGGACAAUUUGCUCAUCAAACCGGUUCAGAAGUUCCCGAGCUAUAAGCUGUUGAUACAGAGGCUGAUAAAGCAUACAGACCAAUCACAUCCAGACCACAAACUUCUUCUAGAAGCUCAAAAAGAAAUCCAUGAUCUACUAGAACUAAUAAACUGCACUGAAAGGGAAAGCCUGGAACUUGAACAACAGCAGCAAACGCUACGGGAAUUGGAGCAAAUGAUCGAGGGUCUAUCAAAUCUGGUGACCCUGGAUCGAAUGUUCCUAAGACAUGAGAUGGUGACGAUGCCGUCAGCGCAGGGGACCAUUAAAGAUAGAGCUCUGUUUCUGUUCAGUGAUACUUUGUUGAUUACUAGUGUUAAAAGGAGGACGGGGACUAUUAAGAAGCCUACACCCACAUACCAAAGUUCUAUAGCGAGUCAGAUGGAAGGAAACAAGUACAAACUGCUCAUGAGGAUAUCGCUGGCCGAUCUCGAAAUUGUUAAAGCAAAAGACGAGAACUUAAGAAGGAUAAUGCAUGAAGUGGAAACAUUAACUGAAGACGUGAACACACUGACGCAGAUAUCAGAGAAUGUGGCUGCACUGCACACACAACAUGCACAACUAGAGGAGAUAGUGAGAGAGAUGCUACAUAACCUGAACCGACAGCUGUCGGAGAGACAGAAUAGUGAUACACAGCUGUGUUAUAUGGAGAUCAGUUUGAAUACUUCAAACGGUCCAGAGAAUUUAACAAUAAUAUACCCGAAAGCGGAGAAGAGGAGCAAUUGGGAGGAAUUAAUAAAUGAGACCAAACAGAAAUUAUGUGUAUACGGUCAAGAGCGACCAGCACCAGAGUUCCUGUCACCAGUUCCGAUCCGCAAGACGCGAGCUGGUCUGCAGUUCACCUGCGCUGCACCUACCCUGCCUCCGAAAGGACAGUCACCUGAUGUCUGGGUAUGCAACAGCGACGGCUAUGUAGGCCAGGUCUGCGUGCUAACCCUCUCCCCCAAGCCGCAAGUGACGUCAUGUAAUGGCGUGUGCAACGCGCGCAUACUGUGUGUCGCCUGCGUGCCGCCUGCGCCCGCGCUUACGAGGCAACAGACUUUGGAUAUACCGAGCACGAGUUCGUUGAAUAGUACAAGUUCAGUAAAACCCGGUAUCAGUAUAUCUGACCCUGAUGACAGUUGCAAAAACAUACGACUAGACAGCUCAUCAUCAAGCGACGAAGAAGACGAUGGGUCUUCAACCAGCGAGAACCAAGACGCUCAAUCAGAAAGAAGUCAAGAAUCUGCCACGAUACGCCUACACAGCAGCCUGACAGCCAGUUUGGGCAACCAUAGGACCACUUUAACGCCUAACCAUAGCAAGAGUUUGAGUACACCUCAUACAGGACAGAGUAUACAAGUGCAUCCUGUUAUGAAGUCCAGUUCAAAUCCUGCGGUGGAUAAACAGGCUAUGGGGAUUAAUUCUGGGACUCUCUCAUCACCAGCCAGUCGUCAAUCUUCAGAAGACAGUGGUACUACUGCCAAUCAGCCUACGAUGUGGCUUGGCACAGAAGAUGGAUGUAUACAUGUAUACAAUUGUUUGGAUAAUAUCAGGAUAAAGAAGAAUAAGGUUAAACUGCAGCAUAAUUCGGGGGUUCAUUCCAUUGUUUACGUGGAGGGAAAAGUGUUUGUCGCUCUUGGGAAUGGCGAUCUAGUCGUUUACUGCCGAGAUAUUGACGGCUCGUGGACGGAGCGGUCGACGAUCCCGGUGGGCACGGGCAGCGCGCCGGUGAGCAGCAUGCUGCUGUCGGGCGGCAAGCUCUGGUGCGCCACGCACGCCUCCAUCAAGAUCAUCAACCCGCAUUCACUGCAGGUGGACGAAACAUUCCAAAUAAGUUCGGAGACGAAGCCGAUCAGCCAUAUGGCAGUAGCAGGUGGUACGAUAUGGUUGUCACUGCACAAUGCUGCCCAGCUCCGAUGCUAUAACUCCAGCACUCGUGAGCAGUUGGCAGAAAUUAAUAUUACUCCACAAGUUACUAAGAUGUUACAUGGUUGCGACGACAUAAUCCGUCAGCACAAAGCCGCGUGUUUACGCGUGACGGCACUGCUGGCACAUCGUGACACGCUGUGGGUGGGCACGAGUGCUGGUGUGCUGCUGACUGCGCCGCUACACAACUCACCUAAUGCCAGGACUGGGGUGUUCACUGUGCCGCAUCUUACUGGUAUUACCUACGGUCAUACCGGGCACGUGAGGUUCCUAACGAUAGUCGAGAACCCAGCCGCACAAAAGCAACCAGCAAAGACAACACAGACUUCACUCAAGACGAAGGCACUAAGUCGCAGGUCGACAAACGCCGAGAAGCUACAAAAACAAGCUGAACCUACUCAAAAUAAUAAGGAAACUCUUAUCAUUUCUGGUGGAGAUGGACACGAGGACUUCAGGAGUUCUUCCACGACAGAAGACGCAGGCAGAGAGGAUUCGACCAAUCACCUACUACUGUGGAGAGUCUGAACAAAUUUCACGGCCUACAGGGUUCUAAUAUUGGACGCCAACCGCGUCGAGGACUUGAAAUUGACGUUUUGAAUUCUACGAACGGAUCACACGUCAGUGAAAGCCUAAAGGUUUUAUUUUUUAAAUGUUUUCGUCAAUGAAUGUUAGUAUUAUUCCAGCUUUCAUUUCGAAAUGUUGAUGUAUGUUAAAAAUAUAAUAAAUCAUUUUGUGUUUGCGCUUGUGAGCGUGAUAUGAGAUUAUUAACGUUAGGACAUGAAAUGUCACAUUUUAUCAGUUUGCCCCAAUGUAUCAAAAUUAAUUUAAACGCGCAGUAUUAUUAAAUAAAUUGGACCAUCUGUAUAAUGGCCUGUUGCGUACCUUAUAGACGUUUCUAUCAAGUGUUUUAGAACUAUUUACAUGUAUCCAGCCCAUAUCAAGACAUUUGUGUCUUUAUAAUAUUAUCGUUGUCUGAGUAGUAGUGAAAUACUGUUUUAGGCUAUUGAAAUAAUGACAAAUUUGUGUACCUAAGGGACUUUUAGGUCUUCUAAAUUGUUCAUUACUUUCAUUGUCAUAGCUUUCGUAAUUUUCGUUACUCGUGCUUACUAGCUCAAUUUCGUUUUUCACUAGACUUUACUAGAAAAACUCGGCUUAAAAAUAUUCUGUACUCAAAUCUGCAAGAAGAUUUUUGAUGUCUAAAAUUAAUUAAAAAUCUAGACUGAUCUCUUCGUCUAUUUAGGUGUAAUCUUUAGAACUAUCUUUUAGAUCGAAUCUUUCUUAUUCACUUUUCACGGAAUCUUCUAGAAAGUUGAGAAAGUAAUCAGGGGUAACUUCAAAAAUGAUGUUUUCGAAACCAAAAUCAGAACUGCAACCUAUAUUUUUCUCAUUUAGAUUAGAAAUAGGUAUACAACUGUUAUUCCGAAUGUACCUUGCCACAGCAUCGAAAAUCUGGUCAAAAAAGAGAUAUAUAAUUUUGUGAUUGCUCAAAAAGUUUUGUAAUGUUACCUGAUCUGACAGAAAAUGAGAGCAACAUUUUUUUAAAUAGGAUGUUUGGACGAUGUAUCCUAUAUUUAUAAUAUUGCAGAAUAAUAAAAAAGUCGCACUAA